AUGGAAAAUAAUCAUUUUCAAAAUUGGUCAAUUGGUAAUGAUACUCUUGAUUUGCCAAGGUUACUUAACCCUUUUGCGAUAGAAGGUGAUCAAAUUUUGACAGACGGCUCUUCUUUUAUGGUUAAAGGAGCACCACCAAAAGUAUUUUUUCCACCAAAAGUAUCUUUAACAAAGGAAUUAGAAUAUAAAAAGAAACGGCCCUUAUUAGAACAUAUAUCAACGUCAGUUUGUUCCGUCGCUUCUCCACAUAAAUUACCACUUAUUCCGACUAAUUCUCAUCCGCUUAAUCAUCAAACUACCACUUCGCCAAUCUCUCCAACAUGUUUUAGUAAAUUUCAUGAUAACCAUGAAUUAUUUUCAGGUGGGAUUGGUAAACGACAUUCCUCAACUUCAUUAAAGGCUGAUGUUAAAAAUAAUGAAAACUUACCAAAUAAUGGUGGUAGUAAUAAAGAAAAAAUAAAGUUAGCAUUAACAAAAAGAAGAAGCAUGCCUCAAAUUAGUAUUAAUACUGAUUUAAAUAAACAAGGUCAACAACAAAAAGAAAAUAAUUUAUUAAAAGAAGGCAAUGGAGAAAGAAAAAUGGUUAUCGUGCAUGAAAUUAAACCAUCUGACACCAUAGCUGGCGUCGCUUUAUUUUAUGGAAUUGAGAUGUCAAUUUUAAAGAAAGCAAAUAAAUUAUGGACAAAUGAUUCAAUUCAUCUACGUAAAUUUUUAUAUAUUCCAAUUGAUCAAUGUUCAAUUAUUGAUGAUGAAGCAAAAGUAAUUGUUCAAGAUGAUCAUAUCUCAAUUAAAACAAAUAGAUUAUCAACUUCUGAUAAUACAAUAAGACCAACAUUUUCUCCAACGACACCUUCAACUCCAUUUACAAUUUAUGAAAGAGAAUUAUUAUUCUGUACAUUACCUGAACAUGCGAAUUAUGUUUAUAAUAAUAACCAUCAUCAUUUUGGUGGAUGUUCCAUUUCUUCAAUUGCCUCUUCGUCUAGUUCAAUUUCAUCUACAUCUUCCAACAACAAUUCUAUUCAAAAUCCUAAUCUCGUUGAUAAAUUAUUACAUAGUAUAGAUUAUGCUGGUGAAAAAUAUUGGAAAAGGAGUUUUGGUUCCGUAAAGGUUGGAAUGGGUAGAGCAAGAAGUGGUGGUAUAUUGAAUGAUAGGUAUGAUGUUAAAAAAGAUAACAUAACACCUCCCUUCACCAUGUCCCCCCUACUCUGA